CCCGGGUAUCCGAAACAGAAGAACAACCUAUACCUCAAGGUGCCAGAGCCGCAAGAUCCAGAAGCUAUUGCAAGCCCAACCUCCACAGCAAGAACAAAGCCAGAUACAAAAAACGGUUAAGCACCUGCCCACGGUUCCUGCUUUUUUUAAACUAACAUCCCCAACACUAGUUUAGAG